UCAGCUUCAAGGUUUAGAUCCAAUAUAUAUACAAAAUGCAGGAGAAAAAAACCAUGAUGAACCUUUCCUAUCUAUUAGUUAUUUUACAAAAGCACUAAAUGUUCAGGGUCUCCUAUCUAAAGAAAACAUUAACAUACCAGGUGUAGAAAAGGAGCUAAAGUCUAGCAAAGAAAGCACCCAGUCUAAAAACAGUGCUGAAAAUUUACAUAUAGAUAAAGAAAGUGAAAUAUUGUUAAAUCAGAAUAUUAUUGAAAAGAUAUCAGAAAAUAGACAUGUUGAUACUUCCCAGGAAAGCAUUGUAUCUUUUUCAGAAGCAGAAAAUAAGGAAGAAUAUUGGGGGGAAAUGCAGGAUAGUGAAUUGGGGAAAUCUAAGACACCACAUCGUCUGUCAGUAAAAUCCAAAUUAAAAAACAGACUCUCCAAUGGCCAGUGUAUACAAAUACACUGGAACCAUACUGCAGAGCGUUUGGAAAUGCAGAAUAAUAUUGAUGCAAAGGAUAAACAUCUGGGUCAUAUUUUGGAAGUGGAACAAGCUUUCCCUGUAGAGCUAGAAAAUGUAAAUUCUUCACCAGGUAUUAGUUCCUCUGAAAGAUCUACCUUAAUGAAAGAAGAACCCAAUAGAGAGGAAGCAGUUCAGCAGAAGAAUGAAUAUAUAAAGAAUUACCGUUUGGAAGAAACAGAGAUGUAUCUUGACAGGGAAUCAAAGGGAGAAAUGGGAAUGGACAAUGAAGUAGAAAUUAGUUUAGUUACAUGUGAAAACAAAUUUUUCAGGGAAGCAAAAGAACAUUCAGACAAUUUUUCACAAUCUGGGAACAUUCCAGGUGAAGAUGACAUACUUGAUGUAGGAGAUAAAAAUAAUGUACUUCUACAUGGCAGGAAUGAGCCCGUCUUAUCAGAAAAAUCAAAAGUAAUGGGGACUGAAAUAAGAGAAACCAUUAAGAAGGCAGACAGUAAAAGCAUAGAUUUGAAUGAACAUGCCUCCACUGACCAAACCAAUAAAAAAACACAGAAGGAAGAAGCUUCUGAAAAUAUGGGUCAGUCCUCAUUUUCUUCCCACUCUUCUCAGGAUAUAGACUUGUCAGAUAUUACUCAUUCUGAAGAAAAGCACAGACAGUUUGAACAGCCUCAGCCCCUUUUCUCUCUCAGCCACUACAGACUUCUCCUUAACUUUCAGAGCUUUACAGAUGAAAAUAUGAAUAGUUUGCAAGGAGUCCAAGAUGACAAGAGCACCAAGGAUGAGGACAGCCAAAGUAAAAGUAUUGCGGAGAUAUGGAGAAAAAAAGAAACAGAAGAGAACAAACAACUAUAUGAGAAUAUGGAACAGGAAACAAGUAUGAACAUUUAUUUUUCUAACAAAGGUAUUUUGUUAACUUCAUCAGCAGAGCAAGACAAUGGAGACACUGAAUCCAUAAUAAAAGGUGCUCAAUCAUUAACAGACACUUCUGCUUCAACUGAAACAUAUUUGUCAGGAUACACAAUAGAUUCAUUGUUUAGGAACCAAAAACUCAAGGAAAGGAGAACUGAGGAUAAAGAAUGUACUAACAUAAAAGGAAAGAAUCAAUCUUUGUCAAGUGAAGAGAAAGAUUUAGUUACAGAUUAUUCUGAAAAAAGGGAACUUUCGGUGGUUAAAAGUAUAGAAAGUAUGUCACCUGAUGCCAUCAAAGAUGAUUUCCCCCGGUGCAGAAAUGAUUACGAUGAUAUGAAUGAAAGUGUCCUUGCUAAGGAAAGUCUAGAUCAAUUUUCUCAAGGAGACAACAACAAAAAUGAUAUUUCAGAACAUCUGACAGAAAGUGAUGAAGGCAAACAGAAUGGUGACGAAGACGCAGAAAACAAGUCAAACAAGCCACCAAGUAAAGAGGAUUCAAAUAUGUUAAAUCAGCAAGGUCUAUCAAUAGAGGCUACAUUGCAAGGAGAGUUUGAAAAUGAAAAUGAGAUUGAAGGGCUUGCUGGACACACAUUAAGUUAUGAUUUUAUGAAUGUGAAACAGAAUCCACAGGAUCUACAAAUGCAGACAGAUGAAAAAAGCAGUGAAGAGAAAUAUAGUCCAACAACAGAUAAUGAUCAGCACAGUGAUUCUUCCUUAACAGCAAAGGUUGUUUAUGGCCAUGAACCACAGGAACAAGAGACAUCUUAUCAGAGCUCUGGCACUUGGUCUAAGGAAAUGACUUUAGACCUGAUAUAUCAGAAGGAAGAUGAAAAUGAGCCCAAAAGUGAAGAGGUAGCUGCAUCUUCCUAUCUUGCACUAUUAGAUAGGGAUAGUAGCAGUUUCAUGGGCUUAGAGCCUGAUGAAAAGUGUAUAAAUCAAGUAGCAUAUGGCACACAAAUACAUUUAAAAGCAGAGAAGCUUAAGAUACCCAAUCAACACAAACAAAUAGAUAAUAUUCCAAAUAAUGGAGGUAAUAAACCUGACCUUGAGGAAAAAAUAAUAGAUAUAAUGCCAAAACUAUCUAAAGUAACAUCUGAGAAAAAAACUGUAGAUAUUUUACCAAUAAUUGACAAUGAAAAAUUAUUUCAGAAACACAGUGUAGCUGAAAAUAUUGCUAGUGAAAAUCCAUCCCUGAAUUUAGAAAUGAAAAGUGAGACACUGGAGACAGAUAAUAAUGUAGAACCUAGCAAGCUUUCCCCAUAUGAUAUUCCCCAUCAUCUUGAGGCUGUGGGCUUUGCAAAGGAUCACAUCCCGCCACUUACUAAAAAUAGCUUCAAUAUUCACCACUUAGCUACAGAUCCUGAUGAUGAAACAUUUGAACAAGAUAGAAUUACUCCUCUUCCUAAACAUCUCAAAUGGGGAGAAGAACCAGGUUAUGUGAAAGAUAGCCAAGGAAAAGACCAAAAAGUUAUAGAAAAUUAUGGGGAAACAGAACACAGUGGCAGAAUUGAAAACACAGGAAGACAAGGUGUUGUGAGUAAUAUUUUUGGUAAAACAUCAUGGUUUUUUGGAGAACUAUUUCAAAACAAGCCUCAAGAAAAUGUUAUAGAAAACGAAAGUAAUGGCAAUCUUAUUGCAACACAAGCCAAGGUAGAGAGGCAGGAGGCUGAUGUAGUGGGAAGUGACUUUGAAGAAGGCAAAAGUGAAGUUCAGGGUACAAAAGCUAGCCAUUAUUCACAUGCUUUGAAAAGUAUAGAACAGGAGUCUCAGGGAAAAAUGCACAGUCUCAUCAUGGAAAAGUCUGUUACUAAAGACGAAAGACACUACAAUCAAAAAUACGACAUUCAGGAAACAGAGUUUGUUUCCCAGGAAACAGUUCAAAAUGAUACAUGGAUAACUGAUACAAAAUUGGACCUAAAAGAAGAUCGUUUCUUCACUGGAUUCCAGGAAACAUACAUAAAGCUAGUUGCAGAGUCUAAAAGGAUACUUCAAGCAAACGUGUGUGAAAGACAUGAACUGCAGCUACUGGCACAAGAGUUUGAAAAGCUUUACUACGAAAUCACUAAUUCUUCUUGUGAAGAUGUUUACAGCAAUAAGAAGCAAAUUACCAUCUCAUUAAAAGAUGAGCAUAAAUUAAAAAUCAUGCAUGAGAGAUGUUUGAAAACAAAAAUGAAUUUACGUCUGGAGCUACAGAGCCUCGUGCUGGACAUCAGAAACAACUGUGCAAUUGAAAGGGCAACAUCAGGUAUAAUCAAUAAGGAACAAUUGCCUGGCAAUGCUCCUAAAGAAAGUGAUUCUCAUAAUGAACCUAACAACAGCCAAGAUUCAGAAGCAAACAAUAUACCUCUAGUAGACACUGAAGAGAAAAUGCUUACUUCCAUAAAAAAUUAUCAAGAUCACCCAGAUGUUGAAGAAAAAUUACCAGGAGACCUUAGAAUGACUCACAAUUCUUUUAUUAGGAAUGAAAGAGAAUGGCUGUUUCAGAUAAUCCUGCAUUUGAAUGAUUUCUGUGCCCUUAUAACAUCUGGGUUAUCAGUGAUAAUGACUGCUAGUAAAAAGGUUGUUGCAGCAUUGCCAGAAAACAUGACGCCUGAUUCAGAUAUUCAUGGUUUUCCAUGGGAAAUUGUAAUUUGUGGGGCUGUUCUUGCUAUUUUUGUUAUCUUACUGCUAGUGUGCAGGAGCUAUCAAUCUAUUAAAAGUAGACUUUAUGUGGGCAAGGAGAAACAGCUAGCCAGUAAAGUUGUUGAACUAGUUGAAGAUAAAUGUAAAGUACUGGAAAAAUUCAGUCGCUGCAAAAAAGAGUAUGAAGAGUUAGAGAAUUCCCUAAAAGAUGCCAGCCUUUUGCAGGGAUCCACAGCUACAUCAGAUAUUAAGAAGGCGUAUGAAGAACUGAACACCUCAAACUCUAUGCUUAAAAAUGAAAUAGCAUUAUUAGAGAAAGAAGUGAGAGAAGAAAAGUCUAAGCGAUCAGAGCAGGAUGACUUGAUGACUGAAAUACAGAGAAAAGUGGAAUUUUUAGAAAAUGAAGCAAAAUCUAUACAGUCGCAAGUAGCUGAAGCCAAGACCACAUUGAAAGUGUAUGAGAUCAGUAGAGAGAGGCUGAAGACCUCUGUCCAAGAUGCCUUAGAAGAAAACAACCACCUUCAAGAAAGUCAAAAGCAGCUGUUACAAGAAGCAGAAGGAUGGGGUGAACGAUUUAGUGAAUUAAAUGAGCAAACAAAAAUAUUUCAGUGUUCUAAAGCAGAUAUGGAAGAUGCUCUUAAAAACAAGGAAAGUCAAGUCAAGUCACUGACUGAGUGCUUGUUGAAGAUGAAGGAUUGGAGCAGUGCCAUCGGGGAGCAUGAUGAUGCUGAAGACAGUCACUGGGGGAAUUAUAUAAAAUGUGAAAGAGAAAAUGGGGAACAUUUAGAUGACCAAGAAAAACGAACCAUAAAAAAACUGAUUUAUGCUGCAAAGUUGAAUGCUUGUUUAAAAUCCAUGGAAACAGAAAGGAAUCAAAUGUAUUCAAAACUAAGUGAUGAAAACAAAGCAAAGGAGGAACUUGCAGAACGUAUUGAAAGUUUGGAAAAGGAACACAGCACAUUGCAAUCUGAAAAUGCACACUUUGAAAAUGAAGUUCAGAAGCUUCAGCAAAAGCUUAAAGUCAUGUCAGAGCUGUACCAAGAAAAUGAAAUGAACCUUCACAGGAAGUUGACUGUAGAGGAAAGAGAGCGUUUGCAAAAAGAAGAGAAACUUUCCAAAGCUGAUGAGAAGAUAAUUCAUGCAUCUGAAGAACUAAAUACUUAUCGACAGCAGGCAAAGGAUUUAGAAGAAGAACUGGAACGAACUGUUCGCUCUUACCAGAAUCAGAUUAUGUCUCAUGAGAAGAAGGCUCAUGAUAACUGGCUGACAGCCCGGGCAGCUGAAAGACACCUCAAUGAUUUGAGAAAAGAAAAUUUGCACAAUAGACAAAAAUUAACAGAAGCAGAAUUUAAAUAUGAUGUUUUGGAAAAAGAUCCUUAUGCUCUUGAUGUACCAGUUAGACCAUUUGGCAGAGAACAUUCCCCAUAUGGACCCUCACCAAUGGGCAGACCUUCAUCUGAAACAAGAGCUUUUCUUUCCCCUCCAACCUUAUUGGAGGGUCCCUUAAGACUUUCACCUGUGCUUCCAGGUGGAGGAGGAAGAGGAUCAAGAGGACCUGGGAAUGCCUAUGACAUUGGUAAUGAAAGAGGAGAGGUGAAUUCUGAUAGGUUACCUGAUUCCCACAGACCACCUUCUGACACUGGAUCUUUGUCGCCUCCAUGGGAUAGAGAUCACCGGAUAAAUCCCUCUCAUACAGGCCAGCUGUAUAAUGAGCAACCCCUUCCUCCGCGAAGGCCAGAAAGAUUUUACUCAAAUCACCCGAAUUCUGGAAGGUUUUCAGGACCAGGAGAAUUAAGAAGUUACAAUAUGCAAUCAUUUGAUAAAACAGAUGGACAGCCAGCUGAGAAUAACUCAAGAAUGGACUUGAGUGGAAAUGGAAUAAAAGAUCAUCUCAAUGACAGUAAUGCAGUCCAUAUGACGGAUCAUUCUCUUGUACCUGAAAGUGACCCCUUAGGUCCUGGAAUUCUGCCUCCUUCCCUCCCCUUACUGAGACCUCCUCUGAUGCCAAUGGACCCAAGAGGAGCCUUCCUAAGAAGAGGCCCUCCCUUUCCACCAGUGCCUCCUAGUGGUGCAUAUGGACCUUGUGAAUAUUUUCCAAGGGAUUUUGCUGGUCUGCCACGUCCUCUCAUGCCAAGUAGUGAGAAGUCCUUUUCCUCUGAGGCCUUUUUCCCAAUACCCACCUUCAAGAGCUGGGUUUUUCCACCCACUGCCACCUGAUAACAGAAACGAACUGCCUGCUGAGUCAACCCCUCUCUCAACUGCAUCUUCUACAGAUCAUCAAGAAUCACAAGAAACUUGAUUUUCACUUAAGAGUAACUUAUCCUUUUUCUCUCAACUGAUUUAUUUGCUGUUAAGUAACUAUAGUUACUUAAGCAAUUCUUUAUUAUUGCUCAAAUUGAAGCUUAAUAGAAUAAUUCUCAGGAGAGUGCUCUGUAAAUAAUGUUUUAACUGUGAAUAAAUUGACUGUCAGUAUACAACAGUGGAUUUUAAAUUAUUUUUAAUUUCCAUACCCAGAAGAAGUAAAAAAAAAUUAGUCCUGUAAAAGAACUCUUCAAUUGUUUUUGGCCUUGUGUGGUCUCAUAGAAAAUCAGUGCAUACUUAUAACAAAAAGCAGAUGUGAAAAAUAUUAAAAGAAUUUAGUAAUUGCUGGUAUUUUUUGCUUCCUUACAAAGCUAAUAUCUCCUACCUUAUACUUUAGAAGUUCCACAUUUGAAACAAGUGUGGAAGUUCCUUGUGGUCUACAUUUACAGUUCAUAUUGUAAUUGUUGUAGGAAUAUUGGUUGGCAAGAGUAGUCUACAACUUUUUUGUCCAGUAUCAUUCCAUGAAACAGUUGUUAUUUAACUUCUCCAACAAAUACAAUGUUUGUAUCUAUUAUUUUAAUGAUUAAAUAUUACUAUUGGGUGUA